CGGGUUCCGGGAGGCGGGCGGGCAGGCCUGGGCCCGGGGCGGGGUCCCAGCUUUGCAAGGCCCGCAGCCCGGCGGGACCUGCUCCUGUGACUCUCGCAGCUUCCUAGCACGACGGGGAUCCUAAGCGCAGUCGUGACCGCCUGCAGAGAACGUCCCUGUGUCCGGCGUCGGUCUAGCAUCUUAAGUAAAUUAACACUUUCUUGGGCUGCGAGGUUUGAGGUUUUAAUUUCAGCUGCACGUAUUUGUGGUACAUAAUGUUUGCGUUCAUCGGGCUUUGGCGUGUGCCGUUAACACAUCUUAAAACCAAAUUUCAGCUGGGUUAGCCCUAUGCUGAUCCCAUUGUACAGAUGGAGAAACCGAGGCACAGCGUGACCAAAUAAUUUGCCAAAAUUUGACCGAAGCCUCGGACUGGAACGAAGAUUCCUCCCUUGCCCGUGCUAACCGUUGUGUGUUUUGGGCAGGUCGCCAAUCUUUGGCGCGGUCUCCCUCGCGUUGUAAAAUGUGGGAGCUGUAGCCACGCUUUUCGGAAAAGGCCCAACCUUCACACUCCAGGAUAUUAAAAUCCUUCGAUUCUCAUCUCUGCAUCCUCUGAUACACUUGAAGUCAACACUAGAUUGUUUACAAUACCUGACACUGGUUGUUAUGCUGUACAGCGUGAGGAGUAAUGCAGGAAACAGAAACCUGCGCAUGUUCAGGACAGAGGUUUUUUAGAGUCAUGGAUGCAGAACCCACAGAUUCAGGGGUACAACUGUAUUUCCUCUGCAGUUACUGUGAAGACCUGAAGUAAUACAUAAAGAGCACUGGAGACACCUGGAGGGAAGGCCGCACGUAGAGUUUCUGUGGUGGCUUCCAAGGCAGCUUUUCUGUUGGCUGAGGUGCCAGUCGGGAUUGUGCUCCUCUUUUGGGAAGAGGAGCCCAUUGCAGUUAGUGACUCUUGCCCUGCUGCUCCAGGCACUGGGCUCUUUCUGAGCAGAAUCUCAUCAGCACUGUGUUCUUCUUUGACAGAAAAACUGAGAAGGGAGAGAUGGCUAUGGAUUUGUUGCCUGCUCAGGUGACAGAGUCGGUGACCUUCAGGGAUGUGGCUGUGCAUUUCAGCCGGGACGAGUGGCUGCAGCUGGACCCUGCUCAGAGACGCUUGUACCGGGAGGUGAUGCUGGAGAACUACAACAACCUGCUGUCCCUGGGGAUUCCAGUUCCAACACCUCCAGGGAUUUGCUGGUUGCAGCAAGGAGAAGAUCCCUACACGGAGGAAAGAGAAAAGCCUCCAGACACCUGCCCAGAUUUCAAGAGUUGGCCUGACAUAGGAGCAGUGCCUGUCAGACAAGACAUUUUUACUGAAGAAAUAUGUCAUGGAAUAGUAAAGAAAAAAUCCUCUAACUUUGGUCCUUGGAAUGUCGACUUCAGAGAAGGUGCGGAUUUUGAGGGCAGGAUAGUACAGGAGCAACAAAAGAAACCCCUUAGGCAAAUGGUAGCCCUCAGUGAGGGCGGGCACCGCACGGGUCUGGGCCUGGCGGGGAACUCAUUUAUGAGCACAGCCCUUGUUGCACAGCGGAGCGUUCCUGUGAAGAUUUUACCCAAGGUGCGUUGCACCUUCGGGGAAGGUCUGACACAGAAUUUCCGUCUCAUGAGAUACUUCCAGAUUUACCCAGGAGGAAAGUCUUUUGUCUGUCAGGAGUGUGGGAAGGGCUUCAGCCAGAGCCUUCAUCUUCUGGAGCACCGGAGAAUCCAUACGGGUGAGAAACCCUACAAGUGUGGUGAGUGUGGGAAGGCCUUCAGCCACCGGUCCUCUCUGCUCACACAUCAGAGAAUCCAUACUGGGGAGAGGCCAUACAAGUGUAACGAGUGUGCAAAAGCAUUCAACAGCAGUUCCACCCUCAUCAAGCAUCUGAGAGUGCACACGGGCGAGAAGCCCUACCGCUGCAGGGAGUGUGGGAAAGCUUUUAGCCAGUGUUCCACGCUCACCGUGCACCAGAGGAUUCACACUGGAGAGAAGCUCUACAAAUGUGCUGAAUGUGAGAAGGCCUUCAACUGUAGAGCAAAGCUUCACAGGCAUCAAAGAAUCCACACCGGCGAGAAACCUUAUAAAUGCAGCCAGUGUGGGAAAGGUUACAGCCAGUUUCCAUCGCUCGUUGAACACCAAAGACUCCAUACUGGAGAAGAGCUGUGCCAGUGUUUGGAGUGUGGGAGGACCUUUACGCGCAUCUCCACAUUUGUGGAGCACCAGCGCAUCCAUACUGGGCAGAAACCCCACCAGUGUAAUGAAUGUGGGAAAACCUUCAACCAGUAUUCAUCCUUUAAUGAGCAUCGAAAAAUCCAUACAGGAGAAAAGCUGUACACAUGUCAAGAAUGUGGCAAAGCCUUUGGGUGCAAGUCCAACCUCUAUAGGCAUCAGAGAAUUCACACUGGAGAGAAACCCUAUCGGUGUAACCAGUGUGGAAAGGCAUUCAGCCAGUAUUCAUUCCUCACUGAACAUGAGAGAAUCCAUACUGGAGAGAAACUCUAUAAAUGUAUGGAGUGUGGGAAAGCUUACAGUUACAGAUCAAACCUUUGUAGACACAAGAAGGUCCAUAAUAAAGAGAGGCUCUACAAGUGGAAGGAAUACGGGAAACCUCUCCUCUAUGGCUCCUCUUUUACUCAGUAUCAGACAUUUCUGAGAGAAGAGAAACCUGUGAGCUUUAAUUUAUCGUGCUAAUAAUCCAAGGCUCCUUAUUAGACAGUGAUCAGUACAAUAAUAAAUGCAGCACAAAUUCCUAAUAGAUUGCUUUUUAUUUCUACAGGAAAAAACCUAGUUAAUAGUAAGAUCAGUGUAUCAGUGUAAAUGUGAAGAGCCCUGACUUGUCAUAUUUUAUAAACAUUAUUCAAUUCUAAAGCCAAUUUUUAAAUUCAUAGAAAAAGUGUGAAAGGCCUCACUUUUUGAAAAGUAUAAACAAUAGUUGGAUGUGUUUUACUUCAGACUCUAAAUUUCUAAGCAAGCUUCCCUAUGUGGAUUUUCUAAGUAGUUGUUGAGUUAAUAAUGUGCAUAAAUGUGGGGCCCCAUUUCCCAGAUUGGCAAUCUGACUCCUUUUUCACAGAGAGGAUGAAGAUACAAAGCUGUGUGACAAGCUGCCCCGAAGCCAGAUAGCUGCACACACAUAUGUGUGCACGUGUACCAGGAUGCACAGUAAUCACGGGGCACUUUGUGCAUGUGGAAAGUCUCGGUCAUCACUGCCUGUGGCCUCUUGGUGCCACAAGAGGUGUGGCAAAUGUGGGAUGCGUAGCUGCUGCCAGUGCAAAGCAGCAUGGUAUUUUAGAGUAGGCUUAUUUUGGUAUCCAGGAGACGCGCUCUGCAGUAAUGAUAAGACUGUAGUGUAGUAAAUACAUGCCCCAGUAACGUCGUCGUUCAGCGUCAUUCUCUAAUGUUGUGCUCAGCACUUUUACCUGACAGGCACUGUGGUGGGUCUGUCUGUCCCAGUGUUUCCACACAUGAGUGAUGCUCUGCUCCGUGACAGCUGUGUCAUGAUGGCUGUGAUGUCACUAGACAAUGGGAAUUUUUCAGUCCCAUUACUAACCAAAGCAUCAUUAUGUGGGACAUGGCUACACGCAUACAUGUGUACACGUGUCUGUGUAUGUGUGCACAGAUAUGUGCACAUAUACACAAAAUAUGUUUUUGUGUUUUUGAGACCGUGUCUCACUCUGCAGUUCAGGUGGGACUUAACCUCACUUUGUAGCCCAGGCUGGUCUCGAACUCAGAAUGAUCCUCCUGCCUCAGUGCUGGGAUUACAGGUGUGUAUCACCAUGCGAGGCUCUUGAUUUUAAAAUGUAGCUAUAGUCAUUUGUAAUUUAGUUUUUAAAAUUAAAAUUUUACCCAACAGGAGUCCUCCUUUUGCUUUCCUGUAUUAUUUAAUUUGCUGUGAUUCUGUAUAACUGAAUAGUCUCAGAGUAUUAGAAAGUGUCGUGAAGUAGGAGGACCCAUGCAGAGACGUCGUCUCUGUGCAGAAGGUCAGUGCUGGUAGAGUAGGAUCCUGUAUGCCCCGUAGCUCACUAGAGCCGAGAGUUUUAGUUUAGUUACGGCCUCCCAUUUACUAGCGAAGUGUAGUUCAAUGGCAGAACUGAGCCUUCAGCUCUGGUGUGGUGGGAAUUAUGGUUCUGUUCCAUUGUCGUGUCUCGGGAGCACUGUUCAUUUUGGUUAGAUUCACUACAGUGGUGUAACCACUUGUCUUUUCAUCUUUGAAGGUUCCCCACUUUUAAUCUUCACUGACCGUUUUCUUACAAGUCUCUGACUACCUGUGCUCAUAACAACUUAAAUCCUCAAGCUUGGCCUCGGCCUAGAUGGUGGAGUUGCCGCAAGCGGCUCCCAUUUGUAAAGCUGCCUUUUCCAGUAUGUGUCUUCUAGGAAUUCUCAUAUGUGAGGUUGUAUGUGGGUACACCUUCGGUUGAAGCCUUAUCUCGCCACAUGUGUUUAUUUCCUUCAGUUCUAUGUUUGACAUUCAUGGGAGUGAGAAUACUGUACUAAUACAACUAGCUGGACCUUCUGUUGAGAAAAGGUCUACAAUUAAACUCAAGCAUUUAACACAGAUUGUUUCUUAACUGACUAUAGAAUAUGGAGGUACUCAGCUCCUAAACUUUAUUUUCCAAUUUUGGGGGAGAUGCUGUCUUUGUGUUUGUCACCUGAAAUGGAGUUUAUGUAGAGAAGAGAAAUUUUGUCAAAUGCUUUUUGAUUGAGAACUGAAUUGUGAACAGAAGCAUUUGUGGAACAAGCUCUUACUGUAUCAUUUUAUUUAUUUAAGUGUAUUUAUAAGGAAAAUUAAAACUUUCCUUUUUGUGAAUGUGCGUGCGUGCGUGCGUGUGUGUGUGUGUGUGUGUGUGUGUGUAGGGAGAGUCUGGAGAUUGACCAGGGGUUUUGCACUGAACUAAAUCUCCAGGCUUUUUAUUUUGGUAUGAGAUCUCACUGCAUCCCUACGCUGUUCAGGAUGGGCUUGGACUUAAAAUCUUCCCACCUGAGCCUCAAGUAAUGGAAUUCCAGGUGUGCACCAAUGUGCCCAGCAGAAAAUCAGGCUUUUAAAAGUCCUUAAUCUUUAACAUUGUACAUGAUGACAGUGAACCUUCUUAGGACCCAAAUUUUGGUUUCUAAAUGCCUUUUCCCACUCGUGAGGAACCGUGGUGGUUCUUUGGAGAAAUGGCUGCUUCUGUGUUUGGAGCAGGGGAAGUGUAACAUUCCUGGAAAAAGAAGCUAGAUAGCAUUUGACAUUAAUGGGUUAAUGUCAGAAGGACAGGAGCCUCGAUGUACACAUACGUGUGUGUGUGUGUGUGUGUGUGUGUGUGUGUGUUCCCACUGUGCAAACUUACAACAGUUUAAAGAAAAAAAUCACUGUAAUUGACUGUAGUAUACCAAGAAGGAAACAAAAGCUCAUAGUGAUGGACGCAGACAGAAAAGCAAGGUCUGUCUGAGAUGACUUGAAGAAUGCUGAUCUUUCGAUAUACAGAAUGAUAGAUUUAGGAAAAUCACUUCACAGCCCUUAAUGUAACUAAGUCUGGAAAAUGAUGGUAAAACUUGUAAGAUUUUUAAAAAUGGCUUACAUGAUGUUAAAGGAUCAGAGAUGAUUGCAAAAGUUGUUUUUAUGAGAUCUUCUAACCAGGUUUCACUGUUUAUAUGAAAAGCUCACAUGUAGCUUCUGAUGCGAUGCAAAAUGAAGCAUAUGAUACAUUGUCAAAAUGUUUCAUGGAAUUCUAAUUAAAUAUCUAGAACUAGACAAGAAAUUAUACAAGAAAUGCCAAGCAAUAGAGAAAUAAAUUGAAUUACACAGCAAGAAAGUAGACAACUCCGGCUUUUUAAGACUGUGUACCGGGCAGCUGAUCUGAGCUUCUCAGAAAGUCAGUGUACUGAAAAUGUGGCAGGCUCUAGGUCAGAUAUUUGACAUAAUCAGAUCCCAGGAGGGAUCCUUUAUAGCUUCUGACUCUGGAAAAAAUAAGCCAGCUGUCAGAAACAUUUGGGAAACUGUCAAGAUAGGGUAUUAGAUGGUGUGUUUAAUUUUCUUAGAAAUGGUACUGGAAAUACAAUGUUAUUCUUAGAUGCAUGCAAGAGUUUUUAGGUUUGAAAAGUUAGCAUGUCUGCUGGAUAUUUUCAAAUGCGUAAAAUAUUAGUAGUUCAACCUUUUUGUGGUAGAUAUGGAAAUAUGCAUGCUUUAAACUUGUCUGUAUGUUUAAACUUUUAAUAAAACUGAGGCAAAAGUGA